GUGCUCUUGUAACACACACACCUCCAUCAUAAACAAAAAAUAAUCUCUACCAUCAAAGCAAAACAUGAGAGCCACUUUCACUAACUUGCUUAUGCUUCUCUUCAUUGCACUUGUUUGUGUAAAUGUCGGUGCUAGGAAACUUAUCUCCGGAGAUACCCAAUUCAAAGAUGAAAAAUUCCUUGGCGGCGGUGGAGCCGGUGGUGGCCUUGGUGGGCUAGGGAUUGGAGCUAAUAUCAAUGUUGGAGCUGGAUUAGGGCUAGGUGGUGGAGUUGGCGGUGGUGGUGGACUCCUAGGCGGAGGUGGUGGACUCCUAGGAGGAGGUGGUUUAGGCGGAGAUGGUCUAGGCGGAGAUGGUUUAGGCGGAGGUGGUUUAGGCGGAGGUGCCGGUGGACUUGGUGGCGGUGGUGGCUUUCCUUGAACGUAUAGUCAAGUGUUUGUGUGUGUGUCUGAGCUCAUUCGCAGCUUAUUUCCAUUGUCAUAAUAAAUUUAGAGUGGUUUAAUCACAUUUACAUAUUUUAUUUCAACUUCAAUGUUUUAAUCGAGAAAGGCCUUAGCUAAUAGCUACUACUUCUAGCGGUUAUGGUCGGACUCGUAGUAUGUGUAACGUCAAAUAUUAUUAUUGAUUAGUGAAAAAUUUCCGAUUUUA